AUGUGGUGUGCGAGUAGCCCUCUUAUUUCCUUUAUCUCGCCUAGAAACAUAGCGAAUGCUGGUUUUUCGCUACGGUCAACAGUUGCGGAUAUGAUUGAUCAGGAAGGUAACUGGAGAUGGCCUCAAGCUUGGCUUGAUCUUUUUCCAGUCUUAAUCACAAUAGCGGUGCCGACAAUUGAUUCUAAUGGUGAGGAUACGCUAGUAUGGAAAGAUGUGGAAGGUAAGACACAAGACUUUCAAUCGGCUUGUGUUUGGAAUACAAUUCGGAAUCGGGAAGAGCAGGUGCUAUGGGCUGAUAUGGUUUGGUACACGCAAUGUAUUCCUAGGCAUUCAUUUCAUCUAUGGUUGGCAUUUAGAAACAAGCUCAAAACGCAGGAUAGAUUGACUAUUUGGGAAGCGGGUAGUCAUACCAAUUGGAAUUUGAUGUGUUGUCCGCUGUGUAACCAUGAUAGAGAUACUCGGGAUCAUCUAUUUUUCCUAUGUUCUUUUGCGGCGAAGACAUGGAAUGAAGUCAAGAAGCUGGUUACUUUGGGUAAUGUUGAUGAUUCAUGGUCGUCGAUCGUUUCUUGGGUGGAGCAACAUGCAAAAUCCAAGAAUGCGGAUCAUAUUGUGUGCAAACUAUUGAUUGCUGCUUCGGCUUAUUAUAUAUGGCAAGAGCGGAAUAACAGGCUUUUCAAGAACAACAAAAGAACGGCUGAUCAAGUGGCUGAGGUUAUUAAGUCUUCGGUUCGGUUGAAGCUCAUGGGAUUCAGAUUUCGGCUUGCUUCGGCUAAACAAAGGAUUUUCAAAAGAUGGAAGAUUGAAGAUAAUGGAGCGGACCCGGGCUAG